CUCCUCUCAUCCUCAGUACAGUUUGUCAUUCGCCUGUCCCGUACUUGAUCGAUCUGUCUGUUGUCGGUCUGCGGCCAACUUCACAUGUCGGCCGCUCGAGCAGGUCUGCUUCUACACGUUUCUUGGCUUUGCUUUUUGGUAUUUUGCAAGCGAGGAAUAUCCCCUCAUCGCUUUCCCUUCGUGUAUGGUGUGUGUGUCUCCCUUUGAAUCUCAUCGUCUUUUUCUUUCUCUUUUGGCCUGCCAUUCGUGUAUGUUCUUUCCUUUUGUGCUCGUGCGUACCAGUGGCGGUGGUGCACUAUACGCACAAGCCAUCAUCUGCGCCCACACAGUCAAAGCUCGUAUUUUGUUCCCUUGUUUUGCUUUCUUUCUUACAAACUUCUGUUGUGUGUCCCUCGGGAAUUUUUGGUCCUGAGUUGCGUUUGGGAUGGCAGCGAGUCCAGGUUUGCCGAACAUGUUGGCAAUCUAGUGCUUGUGUCCCGUCAUGUCGUUUCGUGUUCGAUUUGCCACGUUGGGACACUGCCACUGGUGCACUCUAGUUUCCGUUGUCGUUGGGAGUCGUACACAUGACCUAGCUGCUGCGAUCAUGAGUUCGUCUGGGCCGAGUAAGGACAACAGUCCGCUGAAGCAAGUUACAUUCAAAGAGCAGUCUGAGUUUCUGGGCAAAGAUGCGGCUGGUCACGCGUACUACCUAGCCGAUGAGCGGCGACUAUGUCGUGAAAUGGCGGCCAAGAAAGGCAAGCGUCAGCCUGGAAGUGGAAAGCCGGAAUGGGACAUGGUGUGCUCCACGCUCAAACAGUGGGAAGAUUUCGUUGAGGAGCUUAGUGAGCAGAAAGAAGAGGCCAGCCUGCACGCUGCACUUCUAGAAGCUCUGCCUGGUGUAGUUUCAGCUUUCCAGGAUGUGAAGAAGAAGAGACCAACACCCCCGUCGUCAGUCAGCCUGCAGAAAGACAAUGGCAAUGCUGAUGUGAAGCCUUCACCAACUGGCAGCUCCCCGCCCAAGCCAAAGUCUAGAAAGCGUCCCAGCAGCGGCAGUAACGGCGGCGGCAGUAGCAAGAGCUCUCCAGCCAAACCCGCCCAGAACAAGGCUGGCAAGUCUUCAGCUCCAGUGCCACCGGCCAAAAAGCCUAAAGAUGAAGUUGAGGAUGAGCCAGAUGACGGCGCUGACAAUGACGAAGAUGAGGAGAGCGACGAUGACGACGAUGAAGAGGUAGCUACACCGUCGUCAGAGAGUGAACCUGAGAGAACCGCUGCCGGCCGAGUGAAGCGAAAAUGUACCACCAAGCCAGCUUCCAAGAAACAUCACCCACCACCCUCCAAAUCUAAGUGUGUAAUCCGACGGGAGAAGGGCGGCAAGGCACCCAAGGACUCUGGUAGUGAUGAUGAUACAGCAGCGUCACAUGAUGGCGGCCGUGAGACUGUGGUAAAGGCAGGUGCCAGAAAGAAGCGCAGCCGCUCCUCUGAUAGUGGCUCUAGUGCAGCAAAGCGUGGCCGCUCUGCCCCGUCACCGACGAUUGCUUCCCCCGCAGUUGGUUGUGACGUUAGCGGCGGCAAUGCUGCGUACUCUGGCCUUGCAAUGCCCAUGGUCAGUGGUGGUGAGACUGUCUUCAUGUUCAGCACAUCGUUAGCCAACAUGGCGGCGCGCAGCGUGGACGAUCACGUUUUCCCGACCAUCAUCGACUGCCACCGCGUGCUGCCCAGGAACCCGCCGUACCUGGCGUCCAAGCUUUCAGCCGCCGCCAUGAACCAAGUGCAAACGGUACAGCAGCGCAUACAGCGCCACCAUCAGUCCUCUGCAGCGGUGGCGGCGAUCGGGGGGCCGGCAAUGGUGACGGCGCCGCGUAGUGCUGAAGCUGCCGUCGCUGCCGCACAGCCCAAGUACCAGCUACAGCAGCACCAGCACCAGCAGCACACGGCCAAGCACCAGGCUUCGCCGACGCCGUCGCAGAAGCAAGCACACUCGCAGCAGUCGUCAUCCUCAUCAUCGCAGAAACAGCGCCGUUCAUCUGCUUCUCCUACUGUGCCAUCACAGAAACAACAGUCGCAGCAAAGUAUGCAACAGGAGCAGCUUCAACAGCAACAUCAGGCACAGCAGCAGCAGCAGCAAUCAGUGUCCAAAGCCAAAUCGUCACCGACAAUGAAUGGCCGUGGCAGUGGAGCCAUGCCAAGCGGCCAGCGUCCCCGUCCCACAGUACCACUAACCCAGUCCAGCCGAAGUAGCCUGUCACACUCGCCGUGCACAACCCACUGGCCGAGUGCCGCUGCUCCUGCUGCUGCAGCGGCGGCGCCGGCGUACUCCAUGCAGUCGGCCGGUGCGGCGUACCCACCUCCAUAUCCCUAUCAGCCACAGGCGCAGUACUCGUUCUACCCGCAGAACCAGCCGUUUGACCUCAGCGGCACGCCUGCCGGUGCUGGCGGCGCUCGCAUGGCGCACGGCCAGUUCUUCGCCGCCGCGCCGCCGCAGUAUGCGUAUGGUCAGGUGUUCCAAGCGCCCCCGGCCGUACGCACUACCAGCGCCGCAUCCGCCAGCAUGUCCACCAGCGAGUCGCCGCUCAUGGAGGAGAUGCGGACCAUGGCACCGGACCAGGCCACCGGCAACCGGGGCAGGAUGUCGGACGGCCGCGCUGUAGCUCAGCAGCAACAGCAGUCAGCCAUGAUGGUCAGCAAUUCCAUGGAUGGCCAGCCACAGCAGCAGCAAGCCGGUGGUACAGUUACAGCAGCAGCUAUGCAGGCACCCAUGGUAGCCACGGCGUAUCCUGGGGCUAGUCCUGCAGCAGUUGCUACAGCUGGCAGUCUGGCUGUGCCUGGCCAGGUAGCGACGGCAGCAGGUCACGGGAUGAGUCCCACGCCGGAUCAGCCUGUGUUCAGCAACCAGUAUGGUGCGGCCGCUAUGAACACUGCCUUCAUGCAGCAGCAGCAACAACAACAGCAGAACGCAAUGCUUAAUGGCCGCAUGCAACAGCACCCGAUGUACAACCCUGUCGUUGUCCAGAGGCAAGUGCAGUUGCAACAACAACAGCAGCAGCAACUACAGCGCCACCAGUCCAUGUCAAGUACAUCGUCUUUGCCGCAGACGCCGGUCACGCCUAUUGACCUAGGUGGCAAUAAUGGCAACUCGGCGCCAACAGCACAGGCUAACAGCCAUGCGGGGGUUGCGCAAUCGGCCGGUGGUCCCGCUGGCAUGCAACCAGCUGCUGCUACUACCAUGUUAAUGAGUGCCGAUGGUAAACACCAUCUGGCCCAGUCCGCUACUCAGACCGCCGCCGCCGCUGCCACUCACUUUCCCUACAUGACUCCGGUUGGUGCAACAGCAGCAGCAUCCAUACCCCCUGCACAACUACAGAUGAUGCAGCAGCAAUAUCUCAUACAACAGCAGCAGCAGCAGCAACAACAUCAACAAAUUCAACAGCGCCUUCAACUCCAGCAGCAACAACAGCAAAUGCAGCAACAAAUGCAGCAGCAACCACAACAACAACAACAACAGCAGCAGCAGCAGCAACAUCAACAAAUGCAACAACUGCAUCAUCAGCAGCAGCAGCAACAGAGGCAGCAGCAGCAACAAAGGCAGCAGCAGCAGCAACAACAGUCUACUGCCGCUGCAUCUGCUGCAAGUGCUUCCCAACCUUCGCAGGUGCAAGUGCACCAACACAAUACACAGUCCCGAGUACCCAGCUCGCGCAAGCAUUCCUCGCCAAACGCUCAGUCAGCGUCAACGAGUUCAAGCACUGCGCCAGCUCAAGCAGGCGCGACAACUGUGAAUGGUGGCAGCCCAUCGUCUGUCCAGCAACCUACCAACCCAUCUACGUCAGCAAAGGAUAGGUCAAGCGCGUCACACGUCCCAGCUGCGUGUACUGCACCGGCGGCGGAGUCGUCUCAGCCUGCCCCUACUGUCACCGCAUCUCGUACAGACAACAGCGGUGACCGAGCAGCAGCGCCAGCAGCAGCGACAGCAACAUCAACGUCGUCUACAGCAGCGCAGGCGGCCAACACGGGUGUCAACUCCGUGUCGAAUUCUGCUGCUCACUCCGAGCAGUCCAGUGCCCCGCAGAGCUCUGCCAACAACGGUACUACUACUGCUACUGCUGCUGUGCCACCGCCGUGUGACAAGGGCAACGUCAACAGCAACGGCAGUGCGCCGCCGACCACUGUGGCUGUAUCGAACUCUACUCCUACUCCUGCUGCAGGCCAAGACUCGGGGAUGGCAACCGCCUCAUCCGCACCGGCGGCGUCCAAGGACUCGUGUGGUGCUGCAGAUCAGAGCGCCGGCGCCAGCGUUGCUCCGUGCGUGGCUAGUGCCUGAGCUGAUCGGGCUUGAGCUGCUCUAGCUUGAGCUGCUGUAGCCCGAGCACACGCACACUGACGUAGGUGAUGAGUGCUCGUGUUUGUGUAGACUGCGAGCGCUGGCAUUGCCACGUAUCACUCCUGUCUCUGCUCUGGCAGUAGUCGUCUUGUUCUCACUAAACUGAAGUGUCGACCUCUCUCGUGUAUGCACGCUCUCGUGCGUGUGUUUGUACCAUUCUCGGUGUGUUUGUACCAUCAUUGUCCUAGGAGUAGUUCUUAACCAAGACGGUCCAAUAGUCCACCAGUCCAUCAUCUCCAUUGCCUCUUAGCUGGCCAUGUUCCUAACUGUAUAUGUGAACGUGUGCGUGUGUGUUUGUGUUAGUGCAUGCGUGAUGUGAACGUGUGUGCAUGUGAAUGAGACCAAAGUCAAGACAGAAGAAUGUGCUGUACCCCCUGAUUCUCCCUUGAGUACUCUGGUGAGCGGGACAUAAAGUUAUCCCGGCGCUUGAUACUCUUUAUUAUCGUCAUCAUGUGUUGCUAGUGUCGUCGUCUUGUUCUUUCGCUUGGCAGGCGGACACCUAUCUAGUACCACAUGCACACAAUAGUGUGUGAGCGCGAGCGUUUGUGCGCGUGUGCAAGCGUGUACCCUGAGACCGAAAGACACCUACCGAGAGUAUCUAUCUCUUUUUGCCUGUGUGCGUGUUUCAAGUCGGCGUCCUCUUUUCAUACUUUACUUUACAUAGCUUUACUGCCGCUGGCUUUCUUUCCAGAAUGUGCUUCUUUCUGUUUUUUAAACGUCCCAUUUCGGCUGCUGUUUCGUUAUCUUUUUAUGGCAGCUUUUAUUGUCUGGUAGCCGAGUACUGUCUUUUCUUCCAUCUGUCUGGGGUCUAGAUUCCACCAUCCCCCCUUUUUUAGGUUUGUUCUCGCCCGAUUAGACCCACGCGGCCGUUUGCCAUUAGUGUGUAGUAGUAGUUAUGGUUGAAGGAUUUUCCUCUGCCGGCGGCCUCUGUUCUCUACUUUAGUUUGGUCUCACCCUUUUCUAUCUGAGCCGUGAUCAUGCAUCAUCUGAUCUCA